CUCUAUUCUUCAUGACCAUGGUGUAAUAAUCUGUCAGACACCGAGAACCGCGACGAGGAGGUUCGGUGUCGUUUGCCAAAAUCAUCCGGCGUUAAUUAACAUCGCGAAAAAUGUCGGCGAUGUUGACCGCCGAUUGGUUUCCCCUGGGACGGGACGUGUACUUUCGGAAAUUCGAGCUGUACCCGAUAUCCUUCCAGCACGAAAUUUCCAGCAACAAUUUGUUAGUGGCGGCUCCGUACGGCGGCUCCAUCGCCGUAACGAGAAACCCCAAGAAGCUCGUCAAGGUCCAAGGGGCCAACAAGCCUUUGAUAUUACUGUACACAUCGUCGGGAAGACUGACAGCCAAGCUGCAAUGGAGCAGUGGACAACUGAUAUCGUUCGGCUGGUCCCAGCAGGAAGAACUGUUGUGCGUGCAGGACGACGGCAUGGUUCUCAUAUACGACAUGUUCGGAACUUAUCAGCACACCUUUAGCAUGGGAAAUGCAGCCAAAGACACCAAAGUUGUCGACGCAAAGUUCUUCACGACAUCUAAUAGCACUGGGAUAGCCGUCUUGACGUCUACCAAUCGGAUAUUUCUAGUGAACAAUGUGUCUGAACCUAAAGUCCGGCCAAUCACCGAUAUGCCAAGAUACGGUCCAAUUGAUUGCUGGUACAUGGUGCAUUGCGACAGGGAGACGCAAGUGAUUUUGUCAAACAGAGAAGGAAUAUUUGUGAUUCAUCAGUCCCACCAGAACACUUAUCAAUUUAACAAUCUCUUCAGUAAUAAGAUCAGUAACGUCAUAGCGAUAGCUGUGUCUAGCAACAAUCGACACGUCGCACUUUACUCCGAUACUGGACACCUGUACAUCGGUUCGAUAGACUUCAGAGAAAAGUACUGCGAAUGUUAUACGAAUAUGAAGGAACCUCUUGCAAAUAUAGCUUGGUGUGGCACGGAAGCUGUAGUGUGCAGCUGGAACAGUACGAUAAUGGUGGUGGGGCGUACAGCUGAUACUAUAGUAUACAAUUAUGACGGUCCGGUACACUUGGUCGCCGAGAUUGAUGGAGUACGUGUGCUGUCGAGCAGUUCCCACGAAAUGAUACAGAAAGUACCGAACGUCGUGCAAAGGAUAUUCAGAAUCAACUCGACAGACCCGGCCUCCUAUCUCCUGGAAGCAUCUAAGCAGUUUCAGAAGAAGAGCCACAAGGCCGACAGUUAUAUAGAUUUAGUGAAGGACAAGCUGGACUCGGCGAUAAGAGCGUGCAUUGACGGUGCGAGUCACGAAUUCGAUUUCGAAACGCAAAAGAUUCUGAUGAGAGCUGCCAAGUUUGGAAAAGGAUUCAGCAAAACGAUCGAUUCCGAGUAUUACGUUCAAAUGUGUCGGAUUUUGAGAGUGUUGAAUGCAGUGAGGCAUCCUGCCGUGGGCAUUCCGUUAACAUAUACGCAAUUUAAUAUUCUCACGAAUCAAGUGCUAUUAGACCGGCUGGUGGCACGAAGGCAUUAUUAUUUAAGUAUACAAAUAUCGCGCCACUUGCAAUUACCCGAGAUUGACGGGGAAAGUAGAAUAUUAGCACAUUGGGCUUGCUACAAAGUGAAACAAACGCAGUUAGAUAAGGAACAAAUAGCAGAGGAGAUCGCUGAUAAAUUGGGAUACGCUCCUGGUGUUUCGUACAGCGAGAUCGCAAAAAGAGCGGCGGAUUGCGGACGAAAACAAUUGGCUAUUAAAUUAAUCGACUACGAACCACGUGCGCGUCAACAAGUACCUUUGCUGUUGACACUUGGCGAGGAGCGUGCUGCCCUGCACAAAGCCGUGGAAAGCGGCAAUACGGAUUUAGUUUAUACCGUCAUUCUUCAUCUCAGGGAAAACAUGACUCUCGGAGAUUUCCAAAUGUCUAUAAUGCACUGUCCUCUAGCAAUGGCAUUAUACAUCAAAUAUUGUCAGAGCCACAAUAGAGAGACAUUGCGUGAUAUUUACAAUCAAUACGACGACUUCCACUCGCAAGCGGUGUGGUUUAUCACCGAGAGUUAUCAACGCAAGAAUACAAUGUCGAGAGAUGCGUUACUGCAGUCUGCUCAGGAAAAUUUCAGAUUAGCCCGUAAUGACACUAAUGCAUCGUUAACGGAAGAACAGAUAAAACUGUUAAAGUAUCAGAGAUCUUUAGAGGACACGUUACACGAAUCGAUCGUGGGAAAGCCUCUGCACGAUACCGUGAAAGUAUUAUUAUUGCGCAACGAAUUGAAAUUAGCGGAUAAACUACGGUCGGAAUAUAAAAUACCAGAUCGAAGAUAUUGGUGGCUAAGAAUACAAUGCCUGGCAGAGCAAGGUUUGUGGAAUGAUUUGGAAAAGUUUUCCAAAAGUAAAAAGUCGCCCAUUGGUUACGAGCCGUUUAUAGAUGAAUGCCUAAAGUAUAACGAAAAACUGGAAGCGAGGAAAUACUUACCCAAAGUGAAAGAUGAUCUUAAAGUAAAGUAUCUAGUGAAGUUGAACUUGCUUAGCGAAGCGGCGCAAACAGCGUACGAGCAAAAGGACGCUACGGCUCUCACGUUUGUGCUGGCACAAUGCGGAUCGUCAGACAGACAAUUCAUAGACAAGAUCAAUGUGUUACUAGCUAGUCUUAAAAAUUAAGGUUUCGUCCACUCGUUUUGCACGAUGCAUUUAUAUACAAUUCAAAUGACGUAAUAUUCGACAAGAAUAGUGGUCUUAAAGUAAUUUUACAGAUCAGUAAACAUCAAAGACGUAAUGUACAUAGAUCAAUAAAAUAGUAAAUUGUUUAUUUUAAUAAGAAAUAUAUAUAGCUUGCUUUCAACUGCUCAGACCUUCCGUUAUAAUUUGUACAAAAAUGUGAAUGUAUAUUUGUUGCGCAAAAUAGUGGUACUUGUAACUGAAUUCUGUACAUUUGUAUUACUUUACAACGCUGAUAUGUAUAUACAAUACAAGUAGUAUAUACUAAA